CUCUCCUCCCUCUCUCCUGUCUCCUCUGCUCUCUCAGUCAAGCCUGCUCUGUGAGCACUUAGAUGGAAUAGCAGCAUUUUUCUUCUGUGGUGUCACUGGAGGAACAAGGUGUUUUAAAGAGGGGAGGGGGAACGAUUAAAUAAGAUCCAGAUCUGGUUUGGUACCCGGCUCUGCUCAAGCGGGACCAGCACUGGAGGGAGCCCCUGAAAGCAGGCAGGCGUGACCGGUCGGGCUUCCUGAGCGGCGCAGUCAUGGGCAGGCCGGAGGGGUUGGCCAGGCCACCUCUGGUGUCAGCCAUGGUGCUCUCCCUCCUGGCUCUCUCUCUCCUCUCCACCGGCGUCUCCAGCCUCCCACAGCCCCUGCCAAGAGUCUUCCUUUCCUUUGAGGACCUGCAGGUCUCCCAGUCCUUUGAACACUACAGCAUAUCAGACAAGGCCAUGGACUACAGGAUCCUGCAGAUGGACGAGGACCAGGACAGGAUGUAUGUGGGCUGCAAAGACCACGUCCUCUCCAUGGACAUCAACAACAUCACCCAUGGCACGCUCAAGGUGUUUUGGCCUGCGUCUACAAGCAAGAUAGAGGAAUGCCAAAUGGCUGGAAAGGACCCUACGCACGGCUGUGGGAACUUCAUCCGCGUGGUGCAGCCUUACAACAGGACUCACCUGUUCAUGUGUGGCAGCGGAGCCUACAGCCCCGUCUGUGUGUACGUCAACAGGGGCCGCAGACCAGAGGAACAAGUUUUUCACAUUGACUCGAGGACCGAAUCUGGGAAAGGGAGGUGCUCCUUCAACCCACAAGUGAACACAGUCUCCGUCAUGCUCAACCAGGAGCUGUUCUCAGGCAUGUACAUUGACUUCAUGGGGACAGAUGCUGCCAUCUUCAGGAGCUUGACCAAGAGAAAUGCAGUGCGGACAGACCAGCACAACUCCAAGUGGCUUAGCGAGCCAAUCUUCAUUGACGCCCACCUGAUACCAGACGGAACCGACCCCAAUGAUGCCAAAUUGUAUUUUUUCUUCCGCGAGAGGCUAACAGAUAACAAUGGAAAUACUAAAAAUAUCCACACCAUGGUGGCCAGAGUGUGUCCAAAUGACAUUGGAGGACAGCGGAGUCUGGUGAACAAAUGGACCACCUUCCUUAAGGCCAGGAUGGUGUGUUCAGUUCUGGAGGAAGAUGGCACCGAAACUCACUUUGACGAACUGGAAAGUAUGUUUUUGCUGGAGACCGAUCAGCCCAAGGGCCUGUUGGUAUUCGGCGUCUUCACAUCCACAAGCUCCGUGUUCAAAGGCUCAGCAGUGUGUGUGUACAACAUGGCCGACAUCCUCACCGUCUUCAACGGGCCCUUCGCUCACAGAGAGGGACCCAACUUUCAGUGGGUGGCUUUCCAAGGGCGGAUCCCUUAUCCAAGGCCUGGAACUUGUCCCGGUGGAGCCUUCACACCGGACAUCCAGACAACAAAGGAGUUCCCAGACGACGUGGUGACUUUCGUACGAAACCAUCCAGUCAUGUUCAACCCCAUCUACCCGGUGGGGAGGAGGCCUCUGGUGGUCCGCACCAACACCGACUACAAAUACACUUCAGUGGCCGUCGACCAGGUCAUGGCUGCCGACGGCAACUACCAAGUGCUCUUCCUGGGCACAGACAAAGGUACAGUUCAGAAGGUGAUUGUGCUGCCAAGCAAUAAUUCCCUGCAUGAAGAUCUGAUCCUGGAGGAGCUGGAAGUGUUUAAGAAUCAAGCUCCUGUCACAAACUUGAGAAUAUCCUCUAAGAAACAACAGCUGUACGUCAGCUCGGAGUUCGGGGUCUCGCAGGUCUCCCUGCACCGUUGUCAGGCUUACGGCUCGGCUUGCGCUGACUGCUGCCUCGCCAGAGACCCCUACUGCGCCUGGGACGGACUCAGCUGCUCCCGCUUCUAUCCCACCGGCAAAAGGAGAAGCAGAAGGCAGGACAUUAUUCAUGGAAAUCCACUCACUCAGUGCAGAGGAUUCAAUCUGAAAGCCUACAGAAACGCAGUGGAGAUGACGCAGUAUGGCGUGAAGAACAACACCACUUUCCUGGAGUGUUUUCCCAAAUCUCCCCAGGCCUCGAUUCGCUGGCUUAUUCAGAGGGACAACGACAGGAGGAAAGAGGUGAAGCUGAGCGACCGCAUCCUCUCCACGGAGCACGGCCUCCUCAUCCGCUCCGUCCAGCUGUCUGACCAGGGGCUUUACUACUGCCUGACCACCGAGAACAGCUUCAAACGCACCGUCGCCAAGAUCCGCCUGCGAGUGCUGAGCGAGGCCAUGGUGAGCGUGCUGACAGACAAGCAGCAGUCGCCGUGGGCCUGGGCCAGCUCGUUGCACCCCAAGGUCCUGUUGGCAGCCUUCAGUCCAGCAGAGAGCCUGGCUGUUCAACAGUACUGCAAGGAGAGGAAGGAGCUGCAGAACCUCCAGCAGAGGCAGCAGCAGCAGCAGCAGCAGCAGGCUCAGCCACCUGGACCUCUCAGGGGGGACCUGGCCAAACUGAAGCCCCUGCUGGACCGGAGGAAGAGCCGCAACCGCCGCAAUCACCUCCCAGAGGUCUGACGCAGGGCGCUGGCUGCUGCAGUGACUGACAUGCACGCCUUCCUCUCUCUAAAUCCAGAUCCUCAUUUCUCCAACUCUCAUCUCAAACUGCAGAACUGCACCGUGGACGUACAGUAAAACGAGGAGGUGGGAGCGGGAGGUUGUUUUUCGGCAAUAUCUCGAUUUCUUGCAUGAGGCUAUGUGACCAGAUGGCUGUGGCAUACACAAACGUGCACACUCACAGGCACCCGCAAGCCGCUCACCACAAACUGACGUGGCCCUGUUACGAGUGCCACUAAUACACUGUGGUCUCAGCUGAUGUCGGUUAUGAUAAUAAGCACGAGAUGCAGCUAUGAUCUUAUCAUAUUUUAGAUAUUAGGGGGAAAUUGGACCGGCUCGAUGUCAGCUCACAAAGGGUUUGUUCUCGAAGAGGAGAAUGAAAAGGGACAAAAAAGGAGACAGAUGCAUGUUUGACAGUGGGUGCCCCCUCGAAGUAUUACACUCGUAUUUUAUUAGGUUCUACUUGUCUGUAUUUACUUCAAACUAACACAAUUGUCUUUGCUCGGUGAAAUGACAUGUAGGGUAAUAAAACGUCCACUUUUUCUCCUCACAGGCUGAGCUCUGUCCAUACAGACAGCAAGUGGUCCCCAAGUGUGAGUCACAAAUGGAUUAGUUCAAAGGCCAAACUUGACACCAAGCUGCCCGAGCAGCUAUAGCAGUAAGACACCGAACUGAAACUGAACGUCUGUGUGAGCUGUUGCAAACAUCUUCCCUGAUCUCUCCCAUAUUUAUUCCCAUUACUCGGACGUACACGUUAAGAGAAUGUGCAUCGCUGUAAUUCAGCCGCUGCUGUAGUAUUAUGUCACAUUUCUCUCAUUUCUAGCACAGAAGCAUGAUUAUAGAAAUUCAUGAGUAACAUAGAGGUCUCUUAAUUCUUGCCUGGAUUAGAUUUGGGAAACCAAACUAGCGGAUACGCACAUUUUAGUCAUUGUAAAGCUUGGAAAUUUCGAGUUUACAUCGUGAGGUACAGUGGGUGCUGAAACAUGACAAUAUCCUUCUUUGGAUCAAAGUUUUCCAGCUUGUCUGCAGCAAAGUGGACGUAUUUGUAAUUCAGUAAUCGUCAGUGAGAUAGUUUGUGAGAUAGCCCAUUUGAUAUGUGAAUAGACUUUUGUUUCAGGAGCGUAGUUAAUGUAGAUAGAGAUUAUUUGUUGCUUCUGUACAGGGUGUUGUUGUUUCUUUAUUUGUUUCAUCCUUUUAAUUUAAAAUACAUUUUCAUUGUGUACAUAAUUUCGACACGUUUCACCAGCUGUGACUGUAUCUGCAAAUUGCAGAGAUAUGCAGCAUUGUUUUCAUUUUGAGAAAGGACAGCAGUACCAUCCCUCCUACAGAUCUCUGCUCCACGUUUAAUCAAAGUGUGCGACCAGCAUCAUGUCAGCUUCAGCUCUGUGUGAUUUCAGUGUUAUGAAACAUAUGUAUUUCUAUUUAUUAAUGUCUUGAUAGCCUGAAUAAAUCUGUUCAGAUGAAUCUCGA